UAAAGAUGAGUAACUGGGCUCAGAAAAUCCAACAGGAAAGCAAUUCGAUCCAACCGCACAAGGUUUAAUGAGAUUUCGGGGUGUAAUGGUUUUGUUAAUCAACGUAUGCGGCUGGGCUGUUAUUUAUUUGUCACCAAUGCGUGAUAAACACGCUAACUCGCUAAGUGCGCUCAUGGCUUAUUCGACGAGAGCGCGUCCAUUUGAUCAUCGCUCUUCCGCUUUCGGUGUGACCGCGAGGCAGGGAGUGGGAGCGAGGCAGCGACCAAGCAAGCGACAGUAAAGAGGGGGAGUAGGGAGUAGGGAGUAGGGAGGAUGAGGGCGAGCUUGGUGGGAGAGAAGGUGAUUUUGGUUCCGUAUAUGAGCGAACACGUCCCGAAGUACCAUGAAUGGAUGCAAGAUCCAGCUCUCCUUCAAGCUACGGGGUCGGAGCCACUAACGUUGGAUCAAGAGUACGAGAUGCAGCUCUCUUGGACUCAGGAUCCCAAUAAGCAGACUUUCAUUAUAUUGGACAGACAAAUGGUAUUAGGAGAAUUCUUCCACGGGGAUCCUCACGUUGAAGCUAUGGUUGGUGAUGUAAAUAUGUACAUGAAUGACCUGGAUGAUUCACAAAUGGCAGAGAUUGAAAUAAUGGUAGCUGAACCUAAGAGUCGUGGAAAAGGGCUUGGCAAGGAAUCUGUCUUGAUGAUGAUGGCUUUUGCAAUUGAGAACUUCAGGAUCCACACAUUCCGUGCUAAAAUUGGAGAGUCAAACAUUGCAUCCCUUAACCUGUUCCGGAAAUUGGGUUUUGAAGAUGUGUCAUAUAGUGAAAUCUUCAAAGAGAUGACAUUGGAAUUACCAGCAACGAAAACCAAGUGUGAAGAGCUGCAAAAUUUAAUUGGUAAACUGCUUACAUAUAAGUAGCCCCUAAAAAGUCUGCCUAAUCAUAUUAUUCAGAUCAAAGGAAACAAUUGGGUUUCAUAUUUAUUUCAUUUUCAUCUUUAUUCGCAGUUUCUUCAUCAUAUUACCUCCUUUAAACCUGAUGUCAUAGUCUCUUCCAUGGUUUGGAUUUAAAGGUUGAAAGCUGAACUCCAUUCCCAGCUCACAGAAAAAAUAACAACAAUGUUAGUUUUAGCCAACAGCUUCCUAGGUAUCUACUUUCUGCUUAAGCAUAUCUUAUUUUAGCCUGAAUCUUUACAUAUUUUAUUCUGUUCAUAUAUGUAUGAUGUAACCGUUUCUGGUCA